AUAAGAACUCGGCUUUCCUUCGCUCGUCUUUCAUCUCUUCCCAUUCUCUUAUCCUCCAGACCUCUAGACACCCUCCCCUGAUCACCGGCUGAGUCUACAUCCCCUCCCAUCACAUCCACCAUGGCCUCUCCACAGCAAAUCCGCACAAAGCUCACCGAUCUGCUAAAGAUCAAUCACCCCGUUCUCCUUGCGGGAAUGAACGUCGCAGCCGGUCCGAAGCUCGCUGCCGCCGUCACAAAUGCAGGAGGUCUAGGUGUCAUCGGAGGCGUAGGAUACACGCCGGACAUGCUGCGCGAGCAGAUUGCGGAGUUGAAGGGAUACCUCAAGGACAAGAAUGCGCCUUUUGGUGUCGACUUGCUGCUCCCCCAGGUCGGCGGAAGCGCGCGGAAGACUAACUACGACUACACCAAGGGCAAGCUGAACGAACUCGUCGACAUCAUCAUCGACUCGGGCGCUAAACUCUUCGUCUCCGCCGUCGGCGUCCCGCCCAAGCCCAUCAUCGAGAAGCUGCAUAAGCACGGCAUCCUCUACAUGAACAUGAUCGGCCACCCCAAGCACGUGCAGAAGUGCCUCGAUCUCGGCGUCGACAUCAUCUGCGCGCAGGGCGGCGAGGGCGGUGGCCACACGGGAGACGUUCCCACGUCCAUCUUCAUCCCGACUGUGGUCAAGAUGGUAGAGGGAUACAAGUCGCCGAUGACGGGCGAGCAGGUGCAGGUCGUGGCUGCGGGUGGUCUGUUCAAUGGCCAGUCGCUUGCUGCUAUGCUCACCUUUGGUGCUACGGGUGUGUGGGUUGGAACGCGUUUUGUCCUUUCGGAGGAAGCUGGUGCCCCGAAGGCGCACCAGGAGGCCGUUCGGACCUCCGGCUUUGACGACAACGUCCGAACGAUUAUCUUCACGGGCCGACCGCUCCGUGUAAGGAAGAACCCCUAUAUUGAGAACUGGGAGGAGAACAGGCAGAACGAGAUUAAGGAGCUCACUGGCAAGGGCGUCAUUCCUGUUGAGCAUGACUUGGAGAAGCUGGGCGACGACCUGGAUGAUGACACUAUGGACAACGCACGACCGUUCCUUAUGGGCAAAGCCGCCGCCGUUGUGAACGAGAGGAAGAGCGCGAAGGAGAUUGUGGAUGAGUUUGUUACCGAUGCUGUCAAGUGGCUGCAGAAUUGUAACGGGUAUAUCGUGUCGAAGCCCAAGCUAUAAGUAUGGCUCUGAAUCUUUGAUGCUCGGUUGAAGUUCUGCAGGCAUAUUGGCGCAAUUUCUUGUCCAUAUUAAUGCGAUCUUGUAUUCUUCCCCGCAUGCAUUUCAGUUCAUCGUACGUUUGACUUCCGGAAGCGCCGCUGAGCUCUCGCCUCCCGGUAGCGUUGUGGAGUGCUGCCUCGAUAUCUAUGCG